AUUUCAAUAAUGAAUCACCAGAGGGAGCAAUAAAGUCCAACGGGUUUCGGUAAAUCAACACCACAUAUCUUAGCUUCACAGCACGAGUAUCGUGAAAAUGUCUCUUCAGUCAGACAGUAUGGAUAGCGGAACUCGACAAAUACGAGUCCCUUUCGAAUUAUUCGACAAGACACUCCUUCACAACGAAUGCUAUAUCGACGGUGAAUGGUAUUUUUCACUUUCCGGUAAUUACUUCGGUGUCACCGAUCCCGGGUCAGGAACUGAAUGGGGGGCAUGUCCCGAUUGCAUUCCAGAAGACGUCGACAAUGCAGUGCAAAAAGCACAUACGGCUUUUCAACUCUAUUCUCGAACUAAUCCCCGAACACGAGCUCAGCUUCUUUCUAGAUGGUAUCAACUUAUCCUCUCUGCAAAGGACGAUCUGGCCAAGAUCCUGGUCUACGAAACCGGGAAACCUCUCGCGGAAGCCUAUGGAGAGAUUGAGUACGGCGCCAGCUUCACAUGGUGGUUUUCCGGGGAAGCAGACCGAAUUCGAGGAUCGACGUUAGUCAGUGCAGCGAAAAAUCGACGAACAGUCACCAUCAAACAGCCCAUGGGUGUUGCAGUAGCACUGGUGCCCUGGAACUUCCCAUUAGCACUCGUGCUACGCAAAGUGAGUGCAGCUCUAGCUGCAGGAUGUACCAUGGUCGUGAAGCCCUCCCCGGAGACACCUCUGACAGCUCUAUCUCUUGCGGAUCUCGCGACAAGAGCUGGUUUUCCCAAGGGUGCAUUUAACGUUUUAACGACCAGUCUAGAGAAUACCCCAGCCGUCGCCGAGUCAUUGUGUACUCAUCCGCUAGUAAAGAAAGUAACCUUUACAGGCAGCACUCGUGUAGGCAAAAUCGUCGCUCGUCUAUGUGCGGAGAAUCUGAAGAAGUCUACCUGCGAACUUGGUGGGAACUGCCCCUUGAUCUGCUUUGCUGACGCAGACUUGGACGUUGCUAUCGAUCAACUAUUUGCGCUGAAAUGGAGACAUGCUGGACAAGCAUGUAUUACGGCAAACCGUGUGUAUGUCGAACGUACCAUCUAUGAAGAUUUCAUUGAACGAAUAGUGCAACGGACCGAGUCCCUAGUACUGGGUCACGGACUGGAUUCUGCUACUACCAUCGGACCAGUUACUGUCGAACGUAGUCUGGAUCGGUUGGAAAGCCUUGUUUCAGAUGCAGUGAGCAAAGGAGCCAAAAUUGUGCUUGGUGUGGGCACCAGAGUCCGCGAAAACGAUGGUAAAGACCUGUCCAAGGGAUUCUUCAUGAAGCCUACUAUUCUGGUUGAUAUGACGGACGACAUGACGAUGACUCAUGAAGAGGUCUUUGGUCCAGUGCUCGGAAUCUAUUCCUUUGACACAGAGGAAGAAAUCACACGACGAGCAAACGCCACUCCGUACGGUCUUGCAAGUUAUGUAUUCACGGAUAAUACUCAUCGGAUCUGGCGGAUGAUGGAGAACCUGGAAGCCGGGAUGAUUGGACUGAACGUGGGAAACAGCUCUGCUGCUGAAGCACCUUUUGGUGGAAUGAAAGAUAGUGGAUGGGGGAAAGAGAGUGGAAAGGACAUUGCUAUUGACGAAUAUCUCGUUAGCAAAACCUGUACAAUGUUGAUCAAGGAUCAUUAUUGAUUUCUAGACUAUUACAGCUUAUAUUAAUUCUUCUAAUGGAGGACAAACAGGCACAUC